GUAAGAUCUCGUUUCUCCCUUUAAAACAGCGAGACUUUACCGAAGGCGUCACCGCUGCUGCAGCUAAAGGAGCUAACGGAGCUAACGCUGCUUCUUUCACACAGUCUCUAAACACGAUGGACGGCAGGAGCUACGCGUCUGGUUACUCCAGUUGGGGAGGUGGCGGGUCCGGCAGCAGAGGUUCUGGUGGCUUCGACCUGUAUGGAGGGGGCUAUAAAGACAUGUCCGGGCUGGGGAGCUACGGAGGAGGAGGUGGAGGAGGAGGGGGCCAUAUGAAGAGGGGGCUUUCAGGAACCUCCCUGACCUCCUCCACAGGAACACAUGCAGAUGCAGUCAUUGCCAAAAUCAACCAGCGUCUGGACAUGCUGACUCAGCUGGAGGGGGGGCUGAAAGGGUCCCGCGGCGACAGGUUUGACCACUACGAGUCUUUCGACUCUCGCUCCCCCGCCCUUCCCCCCUCCCGAGAUCUCUACAGAUCCUCUGCUGGGAGCUAUGGUUACGAUGGCCGCGAGGAUGGGAUGCUGAGUCAGAGAGGAAACUCCGGCUUUGGGGGUGUUGUUGGUCUGGGAGGGGGGGGCGGAGGCUUUGACAGCCCCUCCACAUCCUAUUCUUCCUGUGGAGUCGCCAAAAUGCGACAGAAUAUGAGGGAGUCGAUCAACCAGGGAGGAGGAGGAGGAGGAGGAGGAGGAGGAGGCGGGGGGGGCUGGACAGGGCGCCGCUCCCCCAGAAGGGGUGGAGGAACAGGAGGGUUUGCAAACCGCAGGUCGGACCCCCCUCCGUUAGGCGGGGGUGGGCGAGGGGGGGGGAGACUCUCCUCCUCUCCGGGGGGGGGUCGAGGCAAGCUGCCCUCCCUCCUGGCCAGCCGCAUGUACCCUGAGAGCGGGGGCUUCCAGCAGCAAGACAUCCCCGGGAGGCACUUUGGAGGGGGGCCGCGGGCCGGCCGGCAGCGGGGCCGCAAGAGACCCCUCAACAAACAGGUGAAGCCUCAGAGGGAGAUGCAGAAGAAGAGGAAGCAGACUCUCACGGCAGCAGAUGAACCCGAGUCCAAGAUGAACCGAACGGAGCCGGCAGAAACUAAACCAGAGCCAGCCGAGAACAACGGUGACGACAGUGAAGCGAAACCUGCAGUGGAGCUCUUCAAAGCUCCUGUAGAUGCAGAUAACGCUUCCCCAGAGCAGAAAGAGGAGAAGAGCCCGGCGGGGAAACAGAGCCCGAGCCCCGGCCAGGACAAACACCCCAAGAUGAGGAAGAGGAGGGGCUUCCUGGAGAGGGUGAUGUUCGCCUGCUCGGUGUGUAAGUUCCGCUCCUUCUAUAAGGAGGAGAUGGAGACUCACCUGGACAGCCGCUUCCACAAAGACCACUUCAAGUUCUUGUCCGGACAGCUGUCCAAGCCCACCACCGACUUCCUGCAGGAGUAUCUGCAGAACAAGUUUAAGAAGACGGAUCAGAGGGUGGGUCAGCUGGAGAACCACAGCGCCGCCAUCUGCCAGGUGUACAGAGAGCAGGACCUCACCAAGGAUCUGGGGAUGGAGCACUUCAUGAGGAAGGUGGAGGCCGCGCACUGCGCCGCCUGCGACGUGUUCAUCCCCAUGCAGCCGCAUCUCAUCCAGAAACACAUCAAGUCCCCGGAUCACAACUACAACAGGAAGGGGAUGAUGGAGCAGUCGAAGAGGGCGAGUCUCUCCGUCGCUCGCAGCAUCCUGAACCACAAACUGAUCGGGAAGAAGCUGGAGAGCUACCUGAAGGGGGAGAACCCGUUCACUGGGAAUCAGGACGACCAGGACCCCGAGGAUUCGAUGGUGAUGGACGUCUCUGAACUGGAGCUCACCGGCGAGGGAGGAGGCGACCAAUCAGAGGAGGGGAAGGGACAGGAAGAGGAGGAGCUUCUGGGGGAAGAGGAGGACGACAAGGAGCUAGAGGAGGAAAAGGAGGCAGCAGCAGAAACAGCUGUGGGAGAAACAACAACAGGAGAGGAGGAAGAGGAGAAGAUGGAUGCUGAGGAAGGACAGCAGGGAGAGGAAGACGAGGAUGGAUUUGAAGUUGAAGAUGAGGAGGAAGGAUAUGUGGUGCACGAUGAGGCCGGUGAAGAUGAGGGAGUGAAGGAGGAAGAGGAGAAGGAGGAAGAGAAGAAGGAGGAGGAGGUGAAGGAGGAAGAGGAGGUGAAGGAGGAAGAGGAGAAGAAGGAGGAAGAGGAGGAGAAGAAGGAGGAAGAGGAGAAGAAAGAUGAAUGACUUUUGCACCAUGUGACUCUGAGUAGAUGAGAUGUGCUUUGGGGUCAGAGUUUAGUUCCAGGAGCUUCAGCGUCUCCCCGUAGAACAACCCCUCAAACUUCAAAAUGGAGCGCGUCUCCAGACUUCAAAAUGGAGCGCGUCUCCAGACUUCAAAAUGGAGCGCGUCUCCAGUCUUUAAAAUCAGACGUUAAAAUGGAGCGCGUCUCCAGACGUUAAAAUCAGACUUCAAAAUGGAGCGCGUCUCCAGACUUCAAAAUGGAGCGCGUCUCCUCUCUGGAACGUUAAUAAGAUGAUAAACGACAUCCUGCUUCCCCACAGAACUCCUCCCAAACAAUAAAGCAUGUUUUUUUUAAUUAAUUCUGACAUUAAACUCUGACCUAAUUCACUGGUUUUUAAAUUCAGAACGCUUUGAAACCCCUCCUGCUCCCAGCGUUAGUCCAUCGAGCUCGUUCCGUUUUUAUCAAAGCUCCUCGUCUCCUCCUCCUCGCCUCCUCGUCUCCUCCUCUCCUCCUCGUCUCCUCGUUCAUCUUCACACGUUCUUUUUUUUGUGCCUUUUUUUGUUGAAAGUAUUUUUAUUUUCUUUACGACUGUGUGGAGUCGGUGUUAUAAACAUGAGUAAUGUUCAUAGGGUUUUUAUUCUGCAGCCGUCUGUGGAGUGUUGUAUUUAACAUGGUGUAUGAAACAAACUGUUCACUCUGAGGAAGAAAUAAAGCUGUUGAAUAAAA